UGGUUCCGUCCAGAAAAAAAAGUUCCGGAGUAAAAGCGUACGGUCAAAGCUUCGGCAAUAGCACCCCCCUUUGGCAACUUCGCUUUAAUUUAAACUAACCUCCAAAUUUGAUUAGUUUGUUUUAAAUCGAAUUAAUGUCAUAUUUCUUCAGCUAAAUGGCUAAAAGACUACUUAGUUCACGGGAACGUGAUCAGUUUAGCUUGAAGUUCGGCCAGGCUUCCUUUGACCUUCUCAGCGAUUUUCUGGUCAAUUUUAACCAAAAGAACAAAGAAAAUCUCAACAGUUUGUCAAAAUGUUGUGGAAGCUUCAAGCAAAAAAGACUUCUGGAAUGCAUCUUUCUGAUUUGUCAAGAGCUGAAACUCGAUCCAUCUGUUGGAUAUCACGCCACUGAACUGCUGCAAAGGUUUAUGGUCAAGCAUCUUACCGAUCUGCUUGUCACACCUGCAACCGCUGGUGCCGCCGCCAGUGAGCCAAGAAGUCUUGAAGAUGCAAUUUUCGACCAACUCAGGGAGAAAUUCCCUCUCAUCCUCUUCUCCUGCGUGCAGCUCGCCAACAAGAUGUCUUUGACCCGUCAUAUGAUUGACACCAGCACGGCGGUCUGCUUCCUGCAUUUGCUCGGCCUCAGCGUUUCCAAGAAGACCGUCCUGGAGUCAGAGCUGAUGGUCUUUAAAGGGCUUGAAUUCAGACUGGAUUAUCCAAACCCACUGACAUCUGUGGAAACACUUCUGGAAGUCCUGGGACACAAUGAGCCGUCUGUCCCCGCCAAACGCCUGUACCAUUUGUGCCGCCACGUUCUCCAGUUCAUCGCCUUGGAGAAAGCCGCCAUCUAUGACGGAUUGCUGAAAGUGACCACUCAGCGUUCCUCCCCUUCCAAAGAACAAAGAGAGAAGUUUGUUGCAGUGACUGAAGACUGCAUGCUUCUUGGUGUCGGUGUCAUCGCUGUGGCCACGUUCAUCCUUUACUUCAGGAAGUGGGAACAGUGUUUUGUGUUGUAGGUGGUUGGUGAACUGAGUCACAUCACAGGAAUAUCCAUGCAGAGCAUCAGGGAUUUUGCUCAUAUGACUUUGGCGCACAUUGUUGGAUUCUAAUUUCACAAAAACAUUUAUAUUUUUGAACAUUUACACAGCAGUUACUUUAAACUUUGGAUUCUGCUAAAUGAAAAAAUUGAAGAUUUUGGUGCAAAAACAUGCAAUUCACCAGUUUGACCUGAUUUUCAGAAUAAAAGCCUAUCAAUAUUCCUCUUGUAAUGUUGGAGAAUAAAGAAUUAGUUGGAAGUUAAUUGA